UUAUAUUUCGGCACAUGUUGAUUUGAUUUCCUAAACACGUCGCUAAGUUUAUUUUGAAUUUGACCAUGUCCUCAGAGCCCGCGGUGGCCAAGGACGCAGUGCUGAAGCGCAGCGAGCGCUUGGCGGAGGACACCCCACAGGUGCAGGGAUAUGACUUCAACCAGGGUGUGGACUACAGUAAGCUGUUCGAGUCGUAUGUGAACACCGGGUUCCAGGCCACAAACCUAGGCCUGGCCAUGAAGGAAAUAAACCGGAUGCUGGAUUGCAGGGCCCAACCGCUGGACGAGGAACAACUGGACAGCCAUGAAACUGACGAUUUCAUUCGAAGGAAAAGCAAAUGCACGCUCUUCCUGGGCUAUACCUCCAACCUGGUCUCCUCCGGAAUGAGGGAAACCAUACGAUUCCUAGCCGAGCACAGUAUGAUCGACUGCAUUGUGACCACAGCCGGCGGAGUUGAAGAGGACUUCAUCAAGUGCCUGGCUCCCACGUUCAUGGGUUCCUUUGAACUAAGUGGCAGGGAUCUACGUGAACGGGGCAUCAAUAGAAUAGGAAACCUCCUUGUCCCGAACGACAACUACUGCAAGUUCGAGGACUGGCUGAUGCCCCUUCUUGAUGAAAUGCUCGAUGAGCAGAACUCAAAAGGCACAGUUUGGUCACCCUCGAAGAUAAUAAAUCGCCUAGGGGAAAGGAUUGGCGAUCCCAGUUCCAUAUACUACUGGACAGCGAAAAAUAAAAUUCCCGUCUUCUGCCCUGCCUUAACUGAUGGCAGUUUGGGGGACAUGAUGUACUUCCACUCCUUCCGGAAACCUGGUCUUGUUGUGGACAUUCUCUCCGAUCUCCGGCGAUUGAACACCAUGGCCGUCAAAGCCGUGAACAGUGGGAUGAUCAUCGUUGGUGGCGGCGUCAUCAAGCACCACAUCUGCAAUGCCAAUUUGAUGCGGAACGGAGCCGAUUUCUCGGUAUUCAUUAACACCGCCUCGGAGUUUGACGGCAGCGACAGUGGGGCCCGGCCGGAUGAGGCUAUAUCCUGGGGCAAAAUACGGAAGGAUGCGACGCCAGUGAAAGUUUACGCCGAAGCUAGCUUAGUUUUCCCGCUGAUUGUGGCCGAGACGUUUGCCAAACGGCAUUUUGCCGGCAAAGAGCUGCCCUCAGAGACUAACCAAGUAUAAGUAAGAAAACUAGGA